GACAGACAGGGGGAGAGGAAAGAUGGAGGGGCAAAACCACAUGCUGAGCUGCACCCUUUUUUUUUUCUGCCAUCUGCUGCUCACUGCUAAUCAACUGCUUUUUGUUGCUGCUGCUGCUGCCGCGCUUCCAUUCGACUCGUGACCGCCGAGUGACCCCUCCGUGAACCAAGACAAGACACGACACGCACGACACACACCGAAAGAAGAGCCGAUGCCGAUAGGUAGCUGUCUGGACCCUCCCUUACCGUAGCUGUCUUACCUGAACUUCCCGGCUUUACCCUUCCUCCACUUGACCUACCUUACCCUUGGGCCUUACCGUAUCGUACUCCAUACCUUACGGAUACUUCCUCCAAGGUCCCGGGCACUACUUAUUAAGAUAACCUUCACCCCCUCCUUUUUGCCGCGUUUCCUACCUUACCCUCUUGCUCCACUGUGCCUCAUGCUUUUCAGACUGCGUCCUGUUGUUUCCAUCGCUAGAAGCAGCUUUCCUCUACGACGAUUCAACUCCACAUCCGCAAUGGCUUCCCUCGGCGUAGAGAAGAAGCACAAGGUGACCGUCGUGGGCUCCGGUAACUGGGGCUCAACCAUUUCCAAGAUCGUCGCCGAAAACACAAAGGCCUUCCCCGACCUCUUCGAAGAAGAUGUGCACAUGUGGGUGUACGAGGAGGACGUCACCCUCGACUCGACAUCGCCUUACUACGAUGCCUCCGUAGGCGAGAAGCCCCAAAAGUUGACCACCGUCAUCAACAAAUACCACGAAAACACAAAAUACCUGCCCGGUAUCAAGCUCCCUCACAACAUCAUCGCGAACCCCUCUCUGCAGGACGCCGUCAAGGACUCCACCAUCCUCAUCUUCAACCUCCCCCACCAGUUUAUCGGCAAUGUCUGCAAGCAGCUCAACGGCCACAUUCUGCCCUUUGCUCGUGGCAUCUCCUGCAUCAAGGGUGUCAACGUCUCCGACGACGGCGUCUCCCUCUUCUCCGAAUGGAUCGGUGACGGCCUCGGCAUCUACUGCGGUGCCCUCUCCGGUGCCAACAUUGCCUCCGAAAUCGCCGCCGAGAAGUGGUCCGAGACCACCGUCGCCUACGACCCCCCGCCCAUGGAUAACUCGCGCGCCCCGACCCCGCGUGCCACCUCCCCGAACCCCAACGCCAACGGCGGCAACGGCCUCGCGCCCCUGACACCCGUCGACAUGCAGCACAAGGACGCUCGCGGCCGCACCUCCAAGACGAAGCUCACCGCCGUGCCCGCCGAGUACCCGCCCCUGGACCACCAGAUCUUCAAGCACCUCUUCCACCGCCCCUACUUUCACGUUCGCAUGGUCUCCGACGUCGCGGGUGUCUCCCUGGGUGGCGCCCUGAAGAACAUUGUCGCGCUUGCUGCCGGCUUCGUUGACGGCCGCGGCUGGGGUGACAACGCCAAGGCCGCCAUCAUGCGCGUGGGCCUGCUGGAGAUGGUCAACUUUGGAAAGGAAUUCUUUGGCCAGACGGUGCACACGGGGACGUUCACCGAGGAGUCGGCCGGCGUGGCGGAUCUGAUUACCUCGUGCAGCGGUGGCAGAAACUUCAAGUGCGCCAGGAUGGCUGUGGCCGAGGGUUUGAGCGUGCAGGAAAUUGAGAAGCGCGAAUUGAACGGUCAGCUGCUUCAGGGUACGAGCACGGCGCAGGAGGUCAACAGCUUUUUGAAGGCGAGGGGCCAGGAGAAGCACUACCCUCUCUUCACUGCCGUGCACGGCAUUCUCGAGGGACGAUACAGCGUCGACGAUAUCCCGACCUUGGUGUCCGCUUCGGAGAACUGAGGUCUACGUGGAGGGAGUCUGAAUAUCAAAAAGAGGCAUGUGGAUAAUACGGAACAUCAUUGAUCGUGACGGAAAGAGGUCCGACGGCACACUGGUGUGUGCGAGUAUGUGGUAGAGGCCCGGAGUAUUGGGUUUGUUAUCGGUUUUUGGAAAGACGUAUGUUGAUAUCCCUGGAUCAUUUACCGCAGUGGCAUGGUGUGAAGGAACGGAUCUAGACAGGUUAAGCAAUGACGCACAUUGUUCUGGUCAAUCUUGUGGUUCGUGAGAUAUCCUACGCGCUACCAAGUGAAUCAUCCGUCCUUCAUCCUUGAUAUACGCCCCCAAGUCCAUUCCCGUCACCAGCCAGCAGGCGCCCGUCUAGGUCGACAGGUCAGGUCAAACUGGCUGGGUGGUGGAGUGGUUCGUGGUCGACGAUUAAAUUUCCUACGCCAACCAGCCUACUCGACGACAGGCUUAGCGAGUACCCGAGUUCGAAUCCCAGUAUGAGCACCCAGAAUAAUCGACAAGAGAUGUAGCCACACCGGUGGUGAACUCUUUUUGCUUUUUCAAUCUAGUUACAUUAUCGUAUAACGUCCUCCUCGUUGUCUGAUGGAGCGGUACAAGCUAAGCCCAGAUUCCUCGAGAUGUGAUUCUCUGUAUAUAUAUCCCUUACAUAUAUGCAUAUCUCCGUACCCUUCCAGUACUAUCCUCAGACGACAUUCUCAGUCCAUAUUCUCGAGUAAUCCCAUCUUCUCCUCAUCACCACGCCCAACACGUCCACUCCACGACCUCGCCCUCACCCAACCCCUUUUCUCGUCACCCUCCUCCUCCUCCUCCUGCGUCCUCUCCCCAUCCCCAAAAGCAGGCCUCAGCACAGCAUCGUACGCCAUCCAAAGCAAAUUAAACACAACCCCCAACGUAACCCCCAACCAAACGGGCACUUUCCCCUCCUUGUUGGCCACUUUCUUGUUCAGCGCGAAGAACACGAGCAACACGGGGAGGAAGAGCGCCUUGAGCAGCCACUGCGCCAGCUUCUGCCGCGGCGAGGUCGGGGUGUAAGGGACGAGGGAGUUGAGCCAGCGCUGGUAGUCGUCGGGCAGCUCGUGCUCCGCCGCGCCGGAGGUGAUGAGGUUCAGGUACCGGGGGGAGGGCUGCGCGUAGGUGGGGUCGGGGCGGCGGGUUGGGCGGAGGAACCGGUAGUACCAUUUCUUGCGGGGGUCUGUUGGGGUUUUGUCGUCGUCGUCGGUGGUGGUGGUAUAGGUAUGGGGUGAGGUGGCGUGGUCGGGCUCCUCGGGGUCGGCGUCCGGGAUGGACGGGGAGAAGAGCGUGUGCGCGAGGAACGGGCGGGGGAUAUCGAUGGGCGGCUUCUCGGGGACGGAGACGCGGGGCGGGAGCGGGAUGCAGGGGGUCAGGAUGUCCUUGUAGGAGGAGCCGCCUCCCUCCGUCGCGACGAUUGUGGCGUAGUCUUGGGGCGUGACUUCGUAGACUACGCCGAUGAGGCCCUUGUCCCAGCCCAGGUCUGUCGUCGCGGUGUUGUUGUCGCUCCUCGUCUGCUUCGAACCGGCGGACGGAGGCGGUAGCGGCGGCACGGGCGGGAAUUUGGGAGGAUCGCUCGGGUCCGGGAGGUUGGGGAUCUUCCGGGGCGCCGAGUUGGCGAAGCAGGGUUCCGUGUAGGGCAGGCCCGGGAGGUCGAAGACGAGGGAGAGGCCCGGGGCGGAGACGUUUACUUGGGAGAUUGGGCGGAUGCCGCGGGCGCCUAGGAAGGUUUCUGCGCUUAGGUUGGAGCCGUAGGCUAGGUAGAGGACUGAUGUCUGUUCUGCGGCGAUGGCGACGGCGGUGGGGUGGGAAGAUGCAUCGUUGCUGGGUGAGUCUGGGGAAGCUGCCGCUGCCGCGAGGCGGGAGGAGGAUGUGCGCGGGAUGCUUUUGAUGGAAGGGUAAGACUUCUUUGACGGAGCGGAGGAGGUCGAGAGGGUGGCGAGGUCUUUUAGGCGGCGGAGGAGGCAGAUUGGUUCUUGGGGGAGUGAGGUUGUCAUUGUUCCCCGUGCUUUAGCGUCGAGUUGCGACGGACGAGGUUGAAGAUGUUGUAGAAGGCGAAGCUCGGUCGGUCGUUUUUUCCCCCUGUGUUUAGGCGUCGGAGCUGGUGUGGACCAGGCGUUCUUGUAGGGGGACGAGCUCGAGCGCAAGCUCAGGCUGUAGAUAAGAAGUAGGUAGCGAGACCCAAAAACCUGGGAUGAUGCCAGAAAAGUUUGAAGAGUGAUGAAGAUGGGAUGUUGAAGCGGGAAGGGAAAUGCUGAAACUGAUGAGUUGCGCCAGGGUACUAGCUAG